CAACCUCUAGAGAGAGAAAGAGAGAAAGAUCUAGAGCGAGAAAUAUGCUACGAUUCUUGAAAUCUUUGUCGGGGACCGUGCAUGAAGAAAGAUGUCAACCAUCUAAUGGUGGCGAUGGUGCCACCCACUGCGGCGAUGAUGAUGGUGGUGGUGGUGGUGGGCCGAGGAGUUUAACGGUGUGGAGGAAGUCAUUGUUUGUGGGGUGUAGUGGCUUCACGGUUAUAAACUCCGAUGGUAACUUGGUAUAUAGGGUUGAUAAUUAUGGUGGCCGCCGGCGACAAGAAUUGGUUCUCAUGGAUGCUUCCGGCAUACCCAUCCUCACUGUUGCUAGAAGCAAGAAACUCAAGAUGGUUGAUGAUUGGCUCGUGUUCAAAGGUGAAAUAUCAUCAAAUAAACAAAAACCAAUAUGUUGUGCAAGAAAACAUCUUGAUAUCCUACGUCCCAAGGUAAAGAGAUUAGCUCGAGUUUAUCGAGAUCCAUAUGACGAGAGUAACGGGUAUGUGAUUGAAGGGUCAUACAUGAAUCGAUCAUGUAAGGUUCUUGAUGAGUCGAGAAAUGUAGUGGCCGAGAUUCGUAGGAAAGAAACGGCCAUGGAAGGAGUGUCUUUCGGGCAAGAGGUUUUUGUAUUGAUUGUAAAUCAAGGGUUUGAUUCUGGUUUUGCAAUGGCUAUUGUUUUGUUAUUAGACCAAAUGUUUCUUUAAACCUCGUAACAGCACAAUACUGUAUUACAUAUGAGAUUUUAACAAAAUCCAGAGUAGUUCAGAAUUGUUGCGGCUCAUGGUUGUA